GAGUGUGCUUGUAAGUGUGGAGGGGAAGCGCAACACACGUUGUGAUAUUCGCUCGUCUUAGCUGAGCAACAGACAGCUUUAUUUUCCCCUUCUUUCGCUUUCCUCAAGCGCAGGAGGACGUUUUAGGAGUUUUUGUUUCGGGAGCCAGAAGGCUAAUCCUCGGCUGUUCGGGAAUAAUGUCGACAUCGGCGGCGAAAGUGAGCCGAAAGGAGCAGAACUCAAAUCACGACGGAGCGGACGAGACCUCGGAAAAAGAGCAACAGGAGGCAAUUGAACACAUCGAUGAAGUACAGAAUGAAAUUGACAGAUUAAAUGAACAGGCGAGUGAGGAAAUUUUAAAAGUAGAGCAGAAGUAUAAUAAGCUACGUCAGCCAUUCUUCCAGAAAAGAUCAGAACUCAUAGCCAAAAUUCCAAACUUCUGGGUCACAACAUUUGUCAACCAUCCACAAGUCUCAGCCUUGCUUGGUGAGGAGGAUGAAGAAACACUUCAUUAUCUUACCAGAGUGGAGGUCACAGAGUUUGAGGACAUAAAAUCAGGUUACAGAAUAGAUUUUUACUUCGAUGAAAAUCCGUACUUCGAAAACAAAGUCCUUUCAAAAGAGUUCCACUUGAAUGAGAUUGGGGACCCGUCUUCAAAAUCCACUGAAAUUAAAUGGAAGGCUGGAAAGGACCUGACAAAGCGUGCUGGACCGACACCGAACAAGGCUGGUAAGAAAAGGCAACAUGAAGAACCAGAGAGCUUCUUCACCUGGUUCACCGAUCACUCUGAUGCUGGGGCUGAUGAACUCGGGGAGGUCAUAAAGGACGACAUCUGGCCUAACCCUUUACAGUACUACCUGGUCCCUGAUAUGGACGAAGAAGAGGGUGAAGGUGAGGAAGACGACGAUGAAGAUGAGGAGGGUUUGGAGGACAUUGACGAAGAGGGCGACGAUGAUGAAGGAGAGGAAGAUGAAGAGGAGGAUGACGGAGAAGAUGGUGAGGAUGAUGGUGAGGAUGACUAGUGGCUGAUAAGGACAUUUACCAACACUUGCAUACCUGUUCUUUCCUUUUUGAAGUCACCCUCCAACCAUGGGAGCAAAAAGCUUUGUUUUAAUUUUUAUUUUUUGUGCUCCAUCUUCUGUUCUACUGAAGCCUCUCCUGUCCUGACCAUGUCUAAAACCCAAUUAAUUCCCUGGACAUACAGUACCUGCAUUGGAAAACUAGUGGCAUCUCGUUGCUGUAGCCUCUUGCGUCAUUUUUAAUUACAAUCUCCAAAUGCAAAAUAUUAACAAUCUGCACGUCGUCCUCUGUAGCUUAUACUGAAGUAAAUAGCAGUUUAUAUCUUAAGUAUAUUAAAUGAUUUUUUUUUUCUGUUAAUGGUUGUGAGUUGAAUAAGCCAUGUUGCAGUGAUGAUCUAAUCAUAGCAUAUAUACCUAGCCACAAUUUGUUUUUUAUAUAUAUAUAUAUAUAUAUAUAUAUAUAUAUUCUUUAAUGCAGAGGUGGGCCCCAAAGAGUUGACACUGUUUUUCCUAUGUGAUAAAGUUUGACAAAAGGAAAGCACCAGCUAGAUCCUGUCACCUCUUGUAAAUGUUUUUGGGGUCAAUAUCAGGGUAUGGCAGUUAUUAUUGUUGACAGUUCAAUGGGGUUGGGUGGGGCGAGUGGGCAUUUGACACAUCAACAUUUGGAUUUGUUGAUUGAAUUUUCAUUGUAAUGUUUUACAGACACCCAUGAGGUUUGAACCAUUUUU